AUGAGCUGCUGGCCUCAGCGGCCCCCACCUCUGGGAGCAGCGCCCCCGCACCCUUCCGGCCCGGGGCUGCAGUACCGUCCCCGGCCGGCAGAGGCGCUGCGGGGCGGCGCCAGCGCGUUCCCACAGGUCGCGGCGGAGGCUGCGCCCCCUCCCCUGCCCGCUUCCUGGUCCUCGGGGUGUGAGGGCCGCAGCCUGGGACUCCAGACCCAGGGGCUGCGGGUGUCCUCGGCGGCCGCCUCAGCGUCCGCGGCGACGUCACGGUCCUCGCGGCCUCGCAGCCAGCGCUCGGGCCGGCCGCCUAAUGCCCGUGGACGCGCAUCUCCUCCCCGAGUUCCUGCUUCCCGGGCCAGCCAAAGCCGCAGGGAACAGCAUGGGCUCUUGCCUGCUGUGAUCGCCUCAAAGAAAGAGCAGAGGACAAGGCUGAAGAGGCACCUGGAUCAAGGACUGAUAAAGAAUAUGGCUGUUGCUCCUAAAUUCUACAAGCAUGGCAAGAAGCUGGCUGGUGUAGCAGAAAGCCGCAAUGGGCAGGAGAGCACUGUGCACAAGAGGGAGGCCAGGUCCCACAAAGUUCCACAGGAGUGUGAACUGAAAAUUAAAAUUAAAGGCUGGGUACCCAAAUUCCUACUAUUGUCUCUACUCUGGCAGGGAAGUUCUCAGGGAACUCAUAUGCCUAGCCAGCAGAGAGAAUGGGCAAUUCUGCCCCAUGUUCCAGUGAAAUUGGAGCAGCAACCAGCGAUUUCUUUUUCCUGGGCACCUCGUGAUCCAUCUGUCAGGCCCAAAAGAUUUUCAAGUGCGACCCUGCAACCCAGUGCUACCCCUGGCCCUCUUCUUCUGCAGCCACAGGUCCCUAAUGCCACCAAGCAGGAUUCUGUUGUUGCUCUCUUAGAGUGGCAGAGGAAGCUGGAGGCCGCAGAGGCCCUGUUGGCCCUGAAAAACUCUUCUCAGGAUCCUUGUGAUUCUGCCUCUCUGCAACAUCGUGGCAGCAUGCCAGGUAGUGAUGGAGAGAGAGGACCACAGUCUCCUAGUUCCUGCCUGCCACCAAAGCCUGCCAGCUCUGUCUCACUUUCUGGACAUCUGGAGUGCAUGUCCUACUUGACCUGAGAGCCGGGAGUAGGAGGCCUCUCUAGAGCACUGCCUGUGUGUAAUUCUGCAGGUGAUGGUGUGGAGUAUCUCUAUCAUGCAGAGAACAUUCAAGAUGUUAAAUGUCUGAUGCACAUGAAUGCCUUAAAAUGAACUUCCACAAAAGCCUUAAAUACCUGAUGUUUCCAAAUCCUGUUCUUUCCGUGGUGAUCCAGACAGACACAUGGAGCAUUUGCCAAGGAGGAGAAGAAAUGUGUGCCCAUGUGCCACUGUGAAAUGUGGAGAAGCAUCUAGAAGUCUGGCCAGAGGCUAUGGCAGAAGGCAUGGGUUUUCUGGAUUGCAGAGGGAGCAUGCCAUCCUGAGAUAAACAGCCUGGUGUGGAACUAUCUCUUGGAUUGAACAUGGGACUCUAGUGGGGUCUUGUCUGCCGUGAGUUCUGUGAAGAACGUAGAAUACACAGAGAAAGUGGAAUCUCACUUGAGGCUAUGGCUACUAAGGGCAACUCUCACGUGAAUGUUAAGCAGGGUCUCGCCCAACCAGGAACCAUGGAUGGGCAACAGGGCAUCGUUCAGCAGCCUGAAGCCCUGCCUCACACAGUUGUGCAGCAGGACAUCACCCAGGUGCCUCUGUUGCUACACUGGCCCACAGCAAUUGUACCUCUGAACUAUGUUCCAGCGAAUUUGAAUCCUCAAAUGACCAUUACUUUUUCAUGGAAUCCCAGCCAGCCGGUGACUAUACCUUGCACGACCUCUAACAUGAUCUUGGAGCCCUGCAUCUGCAGUAUCCCGCUUGUAGUGCCGUCACACGACAUGGGCCCUGGCAAUGCCAACCAGACCAAUGAUGUCAUCUCCACCCAGACCAAUGAUGUCGCCAACCAGCAGGGUCUUGAAGUCAACACCCAACUGCCAGGUGUUUCCAACCACGGUGCACUCCCUGCUGAGGGAGAUAGGCAGAAGACAUUGGAGGCUGCAGGGACACUUCUGAUUCUUCAUAACUCCCCUCAGGCCUAGCAGGAGACUUCCAGCAUACCAGGUCCUGAUGGGGAGUGAAGACUACAGCUGUCCUGCCUCUGGAUGUCACCGCUUCAGCCUACACACUCUGCUUCACCCAAUGAUACCUGAACAUCUUGAUAGCACCCCACUCUGGCCCUAAGUGAGAUACAAAGCUGGGCUGCCAUGGACUUCCUGUCGUUGACUGAAUUUGCAACAUAGUUCCUGUCCAAACUCAUUAUAUCUUAUUCUUGGGCCUUUAUUUGAAGCACCUGAAUCUUCCAGUGUGUCAUAAAAUCUGCACUGUGCUGGGCAUUAUCAACUCUCUGUUCACAAGAUUCAGAGUCCUUAACUUGGCAGCCCUUUUUGUGUCUUCAUUGUUUGCAUAUGCAAAUAGUCCUAAUGUAGACAUGUCUUUGGAUAUGUCAAGGUUCUUCAACUGGGUUGAGUAACCUGUGUGUGAACAUGAAUAAAGUUUCAUUGUUGUAAAGCACUGAGAAGUAUAGACUGAC